AUGUCUUUCAACAAAGGCCCACCUAUUCUGGAUGGAAAGAAUUAUUUCUCAUGGAUCAUCAAGAUCGAGUCGUACAUGCGUGCUCAGGACUUGUGGUAUACAGUAGAAGAAGAAGACCUACCAAUACCCGGAGAAGAUGCAAGGGAGGAUGAAAAACUUCGCUACAAAAAUCACACCAUCAACAAACACAAAGUUGCUUCUCUUCUGCAUGAUGCUCUAACUGAGAGCAUGUUUACCAAAAUUGCAAACUGCAACACACCAAAGAAGAUAUUUGAUCGUUUGAAGGCCAUUCAUGAAGGUGGUGAUCAGAUUCGGAAAAUCCAUAUUCGAAACCGUAUCUCAGAUUUUGAAGCAAAUAGGAUGAGUUACAAGGAGACUGUUCAAGAUUACUAUGACCACACAAUUGAAAUAGUAAAUGAGAUCCGAGCUCUUGGUGGGGAAUUACCUGAAGGAAAGGUUGUAGAAAAGGCGACUAUGAGUCUCCCGAAUAAUUUGAGGCAAAAACUUAUCAGUGCUUUGCAAGCUUCUGAAAAACGAAUGCAAAUUAGACCCCCAGAGGUUGAGGGUGUGCACGAGAAAACCGAAGUCUUAUUAUCUGCAGAAAAUCUUGAUCUCAGUAAUUUAGCAAUCAGCAGAGGUGCAUCAAAUUUGCAGGCUCCAAGCCAGGGAGGUUAUGUGCAGCAAAAUCCACUAAAAAAAGGGGGAAAUGGUAAAGAAAUCUACGAACCUUGCCCCCACUGUAAGAAGACAAACCACCGAGCUCAAUUCUGUUUCUACCAUCCUAAAGCUAUUUGCAAAACUGUGGGGAAACAGGGCAUGUUGAAAGAGUCUGUAUACACAAAAUUAGGGCGAAAGAACACGCAAAUUUGGUGGAUUUUUCUUUGUUUGACGAAGAAUGCAACUUAG